AUGUUGAACUCCGCUAGUCAGGGGUUUCUCUUUGAGCUCCCUCUGCUGCAGCAGCAGCAGCAGCAGCAGCAACGGAGCAUCAGCAGCAGCAGCAGCAACGGAGCAUCAGCAGCAGCAGCAACAACAGCAACAGCAACAGCAAAAGCGUGUACACGAACGGGAUCGGGAUCGUUUGGUCCUGCAGCAGCCACAGCAGCAGAAACGGGGUCAGCGAGAACGGCACUCCAUAGUCAACGAAAACCUAGCAGCAGCAGCAGCAGCAACAGCAGCAGCAGCAGCAGCAGCAGCAACAGCAGCAGCUGGGGGGAGACUGCAGCUGCAGCAGCAGCAGAAGCUGCAGCAGCUGCUGCAGAAGCUGCUGCAGCAAAGACUGAAGCAGCAGAAGCUGCAGCAGCAGAAGCUGCAGUAGCAAAAAAUGCAGCAGCAGAGGCUGCAGCAGCAGAAGCUGAAGCAGCAAGAACUGCAGCAGCAAAAGCUGCAGCAGCAGAAGCUGCAGCAGCAGAAGCUGAAGCAGCAAAAACUGCAGCAGCAGAAGCUGCAGUAGCAGAAGCUGCAGCAGCAAAAGCUGCAGCAGCAGAAGCUGCAGCAGCAGAAACUGCAGCAGCAGAAGCAGCAGCAGCAAAAGCUGCAGCAGCAGAAGCUGCCGCAGCAAAAACUGCAGCGGCAGAAGCAGCAGCAGCAGAAACUGCAGCAGCAGAAGCUGCAGCAGCAGAAGCAGCAGCAGCAAAAACUGCAGCAGCAAAAGCUGCGGCAGCAGAAGCUGCAGCAGCAGAAACUGCAGCAGCAGAAGCUGCGGCAGCAGAAGCUGCAGCAGCAGAAACUGCAGCAGCAAAAACUGCAGCAGCAGAAGCUGCGGCAGCAGCAGCUGCAGCAGCAGAAACUGCAGCAGCAGAAGCUGCUGCAGCAGAAACUUCAGCGGUAGAAACUGCAGCAACAGAAGCUGCAGCAACAGAAGCCGCAGCAGCAGCUGCUGCUGUAACCACAACGGCAACAGCAGAAUCUGUACCAGAAGAAAAUGCAGCACCAGAUCCUGAAGCAACAGCAGAAGCGGCAGCAGUAGAAGCUGCAGCAGCAGCAGCAACAGCAGCAGCAGCAGGAGAGGAGUCGGCUGUUGAGUAUUGGCGCUGCAGCAGCAUACCCUCUCCGCAGCAGAAUCCUAUGGGUUACCUUAACAUAGAGCGGUUCGUUUGCUGCUGCCUGCAGCAGCUGCAGCAGCAGCAGCAGCAGCAGCGCCGCUCAGGCUGCAUCCUCUUAGCUGCUUCCCUCAGGGGAGCAGCAGAAAGAAGCAAGAAGCUGCUGCUGACUUGCAGCUUCAGCGCGCUGCGCUGCUGCUGGCUUGCUGCUGCUGCUGCUGCAACACUAGCAGCAGCAGCAGCAGAAACAGCAGCAAUGCAACGGGGAACGAAAUUAACACCAAAAGACACCCCCCGUCGCCUGUCAAUUGGCUCCUCAACGUGCAGCAGCAGCAGCAACAGCAACAGCAGCAGCAGCAGCAGCAGCAGCAAGCGAAGCAGCAUCAAAGGCACCAAAAUCAAGGCUGAUUCAAAGAGCCCUUGUUCAAGCAGAAAGACCUGCUGCCGAAGAGCAGCAACAGCAACAGCAACAGCUGCUGCUGCACCAGCCGCAGCAGCAGCAGCAGCAGCAGCAGCGGAAGCCAAAGGCGCUCCCCACCUGGGCUUCGUAAAGAGGCUGAGGGAAGAAGCUGCUGCAAUUUUGUCUUUAGAUUACUUAGCAGAGCCGCAGCAAAGCGGAUCUUGA